UUGCAUCCAGGAGUUGGAUAGUGUAUGGAAUUCUAUGUCCCUAGAACUGAAGAGGUGUUAGGGACGUGUAUGACAAGUCUGUAGGAUGCAAAAGGGAAGAAAUGCUGAUGCUGAACCCUGGAAUUAGUGUCCUUUAUGAGGUGGCCCUGAGAACUGACACCAGGUUCUGUCCUGCGGGGGGAGGGGCAGGCAGAAGCCACAACAGGGACUGUAGGAGAUGGUUCUCACCAUGCUUGGGGCUCUGUACCCCAGAGCUGGGCUCAGUCUCUUCCUUUUUUACCUCAUCCUGGCAGGCGCGCUCCUUUGGCCUCAGCCCCAGAGGUCUCAGCGAUCUGUUCCCGAGGAAUUCUCAGCCCCGCUGGAGCUCUCACAGCCGCUCUCAGGCCUGGUGGAUGACUAUGGGGUCAGACCCAAGCACCCGUGGCCAGGAAGGCCCCGACCCCUUCUCUCUCAGGCCCAGCAGCGCAAGCGGGACGGGCCCAACAUGGCUGACUAUUACUAUGAUGUGAACCUGUGAUGGGAACCCGCAUAAAGCUAUUCUGGGCAGCAAACGUUUGACUCGAUAG